GCAAUCGAUUGUUGACUGGGCCGAAAUUCCAUAUACCGUUGGCCUAUAUGGAAUCCCGGCCCAUAUAAUAUUUGAUCCAACUCAGAGCUGCUGGCGAUAGCCGAUAGGGGUCUUUCGGUAAUUUUUCGAGGAGUUGGGGAGGGAGGGAUUCGACCGGCGGCGAUCGGGAUAGGCGGAGGCCGGCGAGAGCGAUGGAGGAGGAGGUGACGGGGAGCGGCGGGGGAAUUGGGCGGAAGAUGGCAGCGGGGGAGGUGGAUCUUAAGGAGAAAUCGGGGACGGCGUGGAGCCACUCGUACCUCAACCAGAAGCCGUGGCACCCGCUCUCGUACCCGAACCAGCGCCGCAAGUGGAUCGCCGAGCAGGUCCACGCCAAUCACGCGCGCCGCCAGGAGGAGGUGCAGCGGGAGUUCGCACAGGAACAGGAGUUCUUCCGGCAGACCGCACUCUUCUCUAAGAAGGACAAGGAGAAGAUGGAGGUAAUGAAAGCUGUGAGUUUUAUGUACGUGCGCCCACCGGGAUACAAUGCAGAGAGUGCAAAAGCUGCUGAAAUUGAAGAUGAGAAGAAGAGGUCGGAUCCAGGUGACAUGGGUACUGCAUCUGCAAGUACCUCUUCAAUACCUGACAAGGGACCUGAAAAGGCUAAAUCAGGCGCAGAUAAGAAAAAUAGGCCAAAAGAUGUUUUUGGUCGGCCAUUGGCAACAGAACAAGAAUUUGAAGUUCUCAAGAAUGCUCCAAGGUUAGACACAGGUGCUCCUGCAAGGGUCAAACCAUUUGGAGUUGAAGUUCGUAAUGUUAGAUGUUUAAGGUGUGGAAACUAUGGUCACCAAAGUGGUGACCGGGAAUGUCCCUUGAAGGAUGCAAUCAUGCCUAACGAGGAGAGUCGGUUGAAAAGAGACGAUCCACUUACAACUAUAAUGGCGCAGACGGAUUCAAGUGAGCCUCUGAAGUGGGAACUUAAGCAGAAACCAGGCAUGAGCCCUCCUCGUGGUGGAUUUGACCCAGAUGAUCCUAAUCAGCAGAUUGUGGCAGAAGACAUCUUUGAUGAAUAUGGAGGUUUUCUGGGCAACUGUGAUAUCCCAGCUCUCAUUUCCAAUUUUUCUGCUACCAAAUCCAAGAAACGUUCCAAGAAGAAAAGCAAGCACAAGCAGGCUAAGUCUGCUAUUCAUGAGGACUCUGGUAGACAUGAAAGCAGUUACCAUCUAUCAUCGGACUUUGACAAUGAGAAGAGAAACAUAACAUCAAGAAGCAAGAGAAAGAAAGCAAACUGUUCUGAUUCAUCAUAUUCUGAUUCCGAGAUAGAUGCUAGAAAAGGCAAGAGCAAGUCAAAGCAUAAGCAUACGAAGAAAUACCAGUUAAAGUCUUCUGAUUCAGAAUUUGAUGUCCGUGAAGAUACAAGGCGGCGUCUGAAGAGAGACCACAUGAAGGAGAAAAGAGAUGAGUCACCAUUGCCGUUCUCUAAGGAUCAAGGAGACACAGAAGGCAAGAGGCAUUCAAGGUGUUCAAGGGAGAAGCACAACUACAGUUAUUCAUCGAGUUCUUCUGAGAGAGGCAGGCGGCGUUCGAGGGAGAAACGUCACUACAGUUAUUCACCAAGUUCUUCUGAGAGAGGCAGGCAUUCUCUACGGCACAAGGAGAAACAAUAUUACAGUGACUCAAGUUCUGAUCGGAGCCAUCGACACUCGAGAAGAUCGAGGGAGAAGAGACAUGAUAGAGACUCAAGUUCUCCUGAUGCCAUCAGGCGCUCAAGUAGAUCGACGGAGAAACAGCGCCGUCCUGAUACAAGCCCACGUCAUGCCAACGGGCAUUCAAAGAAAUCAAGUGGCAAGCAAGACUAUACUGAGCGUAGCCGUUACGAAACCAGUAGACAUUCAAGGAGAUCUCAGGAGAAACGGCACUACCCUGAUUCUAGCGCCUCUGAUUACUCGGACUCUGAUCAGCACAAAAAACAUCGCCACCAUCAUAGGAGAAAAUGAACUGGCAGUGUAUAAGGUAAAAUGCCCUAUCUGAAGUAGUGAUAUUUAUAUAUCUGGGGACCGCUCUGGAUGUGACGCAUUAAGGGUACCUUGUCCCUUUCUUGAGAUCACCAGAAUCCGCCUGGAGUCUUGUGCUCGGUGGCUGAUCUCAGGGCUUUGUGAUGUUAUUACAGUAAUGUACACGGUGUAACAGAGUUUCUUCAUACUGGGAGAAUGGUUGUUUGGGUCUUCAAACGGUUGUGUUGUUGUAGAACGUGGUGGGGGGCGUAACGUCACGGGCUGUUUAGUUCUGUGCCUGAGCUAGCCUUCUGAUCUACUGUGGACUCACUAAUAAGCUUCAUGUGAAAUGUGUAGCACUUGUACGCAAGAGUGCUUCCCAAAUGCCAGGACUUCAUUGUUUAUGGCUCCAACAUUGAACGUUUUAUCUUUUCUUAGCUGUUUUAGAAGUUGUAACGUCCUUACUAAGGCUGUAUGCAUGGAAGUGCAAAAGACUGGAACUUGUUUCCAUUAUAGAAAAAAAAUGACAGGACUUCAGAAACACUUUUGA